GAACAAAGACAGUUUCCUCACUGCUUCCCAUCCCAGAAAUGCUCAAAAGACAAGACAGUUUACUCUCCUCCUCUCGCCGGCAGGGCGCAGCAACUCCGCCGCCGGAAUCUCACAACGGAAAAGCUGUAGGUUGCAUGUCUGGAAUCCUUCGACUCUUCUCCAAAUACCAGAAUGCUAAUCGCCGCCUCACAUUAGGAAGGAAGCACGAAAAGCGGCGGAUGUCGUCGUCUUCGACGAACGCCAAACGCUCGUCGGAAACCGAAGAUGAAAACUCUCGAAUUUUAAUUUCCGAAACGGAUAGAGUGAUAUGCGACUUGAAAUUGCCGCGGAGUCCGACGAUUCAGGCGGAGAUUCGCCGAUCGAGCUCAACCGAAGAUUCCAGAACUCCUUCCUCAUUAGUGGCGAAGCUUAUGGGAUUGGAGGACAUCCGCGGCGUCGCCGCGAACAGUUCUUCGUUCGAUUCUGAAGAAGAUCGAAUCUCGAAAAAACGCAAGCGGUUACUGAAAGCUCUGGAAAAAUGUAACGAGGAUUUGGAGGUACUUAAGAAGAUCAUAAAGGCGUUGCAGACCGGCGACAUGAGCCCCGAUCAGCCGCCGAGGGGACACUCCGGCGGCGGAAAUACGGAUCCGAUGGAAAUAAAAUCGACCGUGGAGUGCACGGAGAGGAUCGCGGCGGCGCGUGAUAUCCCGGCGUGUGCGGCGGCGCCCGGCGGUGGUUUCUACGCAGCACUGCGUACGAAUGCAGUAGAGCGCAAGCCAAUAGCUGCAAAGAAGCCGGGGGAAGAAGACGACGAACUCCCAAUCAAAAGAUCGACAUUUAGCGGCGCGACAACAAUGCAUGAAAGGAGCGCGACCAGCGCUAUGGUGAAGAGCGUGGCGCAAGUCUGCGGCGAUAUAGCGUGGGGCGAAAGGAGAGAGCGCGAUCGAAUAGGGGUGUCGCUGCAAGAACAAGUUUACAGAGAGCUGAUCGAGGAGCUUGUCGAGGACAUCGUCACAUUAAUGGUGAAGAAGAACAAGAACAAGAAGAACAAUACAGAAUCGUCGUACUACAACAACAACAACUACUCCUACUCAUCACAUUCAUUGCCACUUGAGGUAUGUAAGAAGAGGCUUUGUUUCUGAAUUCCCAUUUCUAUUCAUUAUUAAUUCAUUUGCUUCCAUUGUUAUUGUUAUUAUUUAUGAUGAUCUAUCUUAUGAUGUGUUUUUUGUGUUUAUGUCUUUGGUGUCUUAUAUAUAUAUAUAUGUAUAUAUUGUGAUGAUGAGUGUUGUUGUAUAUAUAUUUGGUAAGCCUUGUUUUGGUAUCCUUUAUUCUCU